GCUGAGGAGAAAAGAGGUCAUAACUGGAAUUUUUGGCCUUCCUGCUUGACAUAACUCACUUCAAGAAGUGCACAAUGUCAGAACGUGGAAUUAAGUGGGCUUGUGAAUAUUGUACGUAUGAAAACUGGCCAUCUGCAAUCAAGUGCACUAUGUGUCGUGCCCAGAGACCUAGUGGAACUAUUAUCACAGAAGAUCCAUUCAAAAGCGGUUCCAGUGAUGUUGGUCGAGAUUGGGAUCCUUCCAGCACCGAAGGAGGAAGUAGUCCUUUGAUAUGCCCAGACUCUAGUGCAAGACCAAGGGUUAAGUCUUCAUACAGCAUGGAGAAUGCAAAUAAAUGGUCAUGCCACAUGUGCACGUAUUUGAACUGGCCAAGAGCAAUCAGAUGUACCCAGUGCUUAUCCCAGCGCAGGACCAGGAGUCCCACAGAGUCUCCUCAAUCCUCAGGAUCUGGCUCAAGACCAGUUGCUUUUUCUGUUGAUCCUUGCGAGGAAUACAAUGACAGAAAUAAACUGAACACAAGGACCCAGCAUUGGACUUGUUCUAUUUGCACAUAUGAAAACUGGGCCAAGGCUAAAAAGUGUGUUGUUUGCGAUCAUCCCAGACCUAAUAAUAUUGAAGCGAUAGAGUUGGCAGAGACUGAAGAGGCUUCUUCCAUAAUAAAUGAGCAGGACAGGGCUCGGUGGAGGGGAAGCUGCAGCAGCAGCAACAGCCAAAGAAGGUCGCCGCCCACCACGAAGCGGGACUCCGACGUGCAGAUGGAUUUCCAGAGGAUUGAGUUGGCGGGCGCUGUGGGCAGCAAGGAGGAGCUUGAGGUGGACUUCAAAAAGCUAAAGCAGAUUAAGAACAGGAUGAAAAAGACCGACUGGCUGUUCCUCAAUGCCUGUGUGGCGUCCGCCUUCGACGUGGGCUACACGCUGGUGCACCUGGCCAUCCGCUUCCAGCGGCAGGACAUGCUCGCCAUCCUGCUCACGGAGGUGUCUCAGCAAGCAGCCAAGUGCAUCCCCGCCAUGGUGUGUCCCGAGCUGACGGAGCAGAUCCGGCGGGAGAUCGCGGCCUCUCUCCACCAGCGGAAGGGGGACUUCGCUUGCUACUUCCUCACCGACCUGGUCACGUUCACGCUGCCGGCAGAUAUUGAGGACUUGCCUCCGACUGUCCAAGAAAAGGUGUUUGAUGAGGUGCUGGACAGAGAUGUUCAAAAAGAGCUGGAGGAGGAGUCUCCCAUCAUAAACUGGUCCUUGGAGCUGGCUACGCGCCUGGACAGUCGGCUCUACGCCCUUUGGAACCGGACGGCGGGGGACUGCCUGCUGGACUCAGUGCUGCAAGCGACCUGGGGCAUCUACGACAAGGACUCGGUGCUGCGGAAAGCCCUGCACGACAGCCUGCACGACUGUUCCCACUGGUUUUACACACGUUGGAAAGAUUGGGAAUCGUGGUAUUCUCAGAGCUUCGGUUUACAUUUUUCCCUGAGGGAAGAACAGUGGCAGGAAGACUGGGCAUUCAUCCUCUCUCUCGCCAGCCAGCCUGGAGCGAGCUUGGAGCAGACACACAUCUUCGUGCUCGCGCACAUCCUCCGGCGCCCGAUCAUCGUUUACGGCGUGAAGUUCUACAAGAGCUUCCGGGGAGAAACGCUGGGGUACACCCGGUUUCAAGGCGUGUAUUUGCCUUUGCUGUGGGAACAGAGUUUCUGUUGGAAAAGUCCGAUCGCCCUGGGCUACACAAGGGGCCACUUCUCUGCUCUGGUUGCCAUGGAAAAUGACGGCUAUGGCAGCCGAGGUGCCGGUGCUAACCUGAACACCGACGACGACGUCACCAUCACCUUCCUGCCUCUGGUGGACAGCGAGCGGAAGCUACUCCACGUGCACUUCCUUUCUGCUCAGGAGCUGGGCAACGAGGAGCAGCAGGAGAGGCUGCUGCGCGAGUGGCUGGACUGCUGCGUGACCGAGGGCGGCGUGCUGGUCGCCAUGCAGAAAAGCUCUCGGCGGCGCAGCCACCCCCUGGUCACGCACAUGGUCGAGAAGUGGCUGGACCGCUACCGGCAGAUCCGGCCUUGCACGUCCCUGUCUGACGGAGAGGAAGACGAAGACGACGAAGAUGAAUGAACAGAGCAGAGAGCGGGAGACCAAGGUAGCGGCUCUGUGGUGACCCCGGGGAGUGGUGCUCCAGGCAGAGGCAUGGCAUGGGCCCGAGCGACCGCAGGACCUGCCUGGAGGGCUGAUCCACACCCGACGGCGGUGGCGUGUCUGCCGAGCGAGGACAGAACUCGGUUUGGACUCCAGUUUGUAAAAACCAAUUCAUUCAGACAGAACUCUUCCUUUCCAGGCGUCAAUCUGUCUAUAAGUGUCACGCAUGUGGUUGUGUAAGAACUUGUGUAAUAGGAGCAGUUGUACCAGCAUCUCCCUGUCCCUGAGGAGUGUUCAGCAUGGGCACCUCCAAAGGCACAGGCACACGGCUUUGUUCCUUUGAGAUGUUUUUUUAAACUAGAACCUGGCAUCCUCUUUCCAUCGUAAAAGAUCCAUUUACAUCAAGUCUCAAUCGAGCUCCUUAGAGAUUACAAACUUUUUGUACAAAUUGUCCACAGCAAAACAUAAAAAUAAAACAAACUUAUUUUAUUAAUAAUUUAGUUCCUGUUGUGCCCAAUAAAAUCAAAUCUUUAAGGAACAAACUACAAGGAAAGUAAGAAUUUUUUAUUGAAUGAACUUCAUCUAGACGCUCCCUUGUUUUGGUUUCUCUCAUUUCGUGUGCUGUUAGUUUGUUCCUGUUGUUGCUGACAUGCCCCUUUCAGUAUUCGGUAUUUAUUCGUUCGGAAGCGCGCCCUCACAGUGCGGGCGCUUCUGCCAGACGCCAGGCAGCAUCUCCGGGAGCGGCUUUCCCUGGCCGCAGGCAGGGGCGCUCGCGCCUGCCCACUGGACGCGGUGGACAGCGUGUGCUCCCGCCCCGUGGAGGCUCGGGUCCUGGUGUCUUGUACCCUCAGCUCUGCUUUAAGCACAUUGUGUUGGAAGGCAUGCCUUUGCUUGGGCUACUUGGGAAUAGCAGUUCAGUACAGAAUAAAGAUUUAAAAUGCA